ACUACCAGCCUGGCUAGGGGUGUGGGGAAGGGGUGGGGCUCCGCCUGGCAGCUCCGGGCAGGGCUGGGAGAGGUAGAGGCCGGGCGGACCGCGCCCACUCUCCUUGCUGUGGCCAGUGAGGGGAGGAGGCUGGAGGGCAGGGCUGCGGGUCCCGGGAACCUGGAGUCUGCGGUUUGGGGCGGCCAGAUGUAGAUUGCUUUUAGGAACAGCGCUCGGCCCAGGCCAAGCCAGCAGCGGAUCAGCCACCUGCCAGGAGCUCAGGUUCACCUGGGAGGGGAGCUGCAACACGGCCACACCGUGGAAUUUACAUGUGGGCCUGACAGGCGGAGGCAGCGAGGCUGCAGGAUGUGGGGACCAGCCAUGUGGACCCUGGGCCGCCGGCACCUGUGUCUGACUUUCCUGCUGGUUUGUGUGCUGGCGGGAAUCUCUUUCCUCCACCUCUACCAGGGCCUCUUCCCGGGCGGCCUGGACCUGCCUUUCCUGUGUGCAGACCGACACCUGGUGGCGGCCCCCGUUGCCAUCUUCUGCCCACCGGGCGCUCUCAUGGCCCUCAACACCUCCGCUUCCUGCGCCCAGCUCCCCGCGCCCCCCUCGGGAGCCUGGACCAUCUACCCGGACGGCCGGCUUGGUAACCAGAUGGGGCAGUACGCCACGCUGCUGGCCCUGGCCCGGCUCAACGGCCGGCAGGCCUUCAUCCUGCCCGCCAUGCACGCGGCCCUGGCCCCCGUGUUCCGCAUCACCCUGCCCGUGCUGGCGCCCGAGGUGGACAGCCGCACGCCCUGGCAGAGCCUGGAGCUGCACGACUGGAUGUCGGAGGAGUACGCCCGCCUGCAGCAGCCUUUGCUGAAGCUGUCGGGCUUCCCCUGCUCCUGGACGUUCUUCCACCACCUCCGGGAGCAGAUCCGCCGGGAGUUCACCCUGCACGACCACCUCCGGGAAGGCGCCCAGGGUUUCCUGGCACAGCUCCGCCUGCCGGGCACCGGCGGCCGCCCGCGCACCUUCGUGGGCGUCCACGUGCGCCGGGGGGACUACCUGGAGAUCAUGCCCCAGCGCUGGAAGGGGGUGGUGGGCGACCGCGCCUACCUGCGGGAGGCCAUGGACUGGUUCCGGGCCCGGCACGAAGCCCCCAUCUUCGUGGUCACCAGCAAUGGCAUGGCCUGGUGCCGGGAGAACGUGGACGCGUCCCGGGGGGACGUGGUCUUUGCCGGCGACGGACAGGAGGCCUCGCCGGGGGCGGACUUCGCGCUGCUCGCGCAGUGCAACCACACCAUCAUGACCAUCGGCACCUUCGGCUUCUGGGCCGCCUACCUGGCGGGCGGAGACACCGUCUACCUGGCCAACUUCACCCUGCCCGACUCCGGCUUCCUGGACAUCUUCAAGCCCGAGGCCGCCUUCCUGCCCGAGUGGGUGGGCAUUAAUGCAGACCUGUCUCCGCUCCAGAAAUCUACGUCUCCGGGGGCCUAGCAGCUUCUGGAGGAGCUUGUGGCGGUCCUGCAGCAGGCGGGCACCGUUACGAGAGUGAUUCUAGUUGGCUAGACCUUCAGAGAGAGAGAGGCUUCCAGCAACUGCUGAACAUUCCAGAACCAGCAGGAAAUAUUGUCCUGACCGGCGAGGGCUGGGCCGCCUGUGGUGCCCAGCCCUUACCCACAAUGUGGAUGGCUGUCCCCCAGGAGCCGGGAGCUACCCUGUGCUAACUACUCAGGCCUUUUCUAGAAGAGAUGUUUUUCUUCUCCCGGGCCCUCAGGACGGAAGGAACUCGUGGGUGUUCCAGAGCAAGCGCUGGCCAACGCCCCCUGUGUUUCUGGAGUGGUUCUAGACGGGUCAUUUGCUCUAGAGGGGGGCACGCCCUAAUGCCCGUGAAGAACCCUGCAAAGGGAUGGGGGGGCUGUCCUGGAAUUCUGGAUCACUUUGGUGAAGAGUUGAAUAAAGGUCCAAUCAGAAGCUCAACACCGCACCGCUGCCCAGAAGAUUGAUGGGAGACAGAUUACGUGCAGCUGGGGCAGUUUGUGCGAAGGGUGAAACUCUAGUCCACUCUCAGCCCCUGGGGAAAACCACUCCGCCUCCCCCCAGCAGAUAGGCUAAAAGGUGAGAGGUGGAGGAAGGGGGUGGCUGCUGAAAUGCUGGAACUUCCAGAGCUGUAAUGACACUUCUUUUUUUUUUUUUAAGCUCAGAAACUGACAUGUUGCCUCCCAGUAUGGGAUGCCUCCCCCAGUUAAGGGUGGUCUUUCCUCUGCAGCUGGGCGGCUGGGGGAAAUGGGAUGGAUUUGGAGUCAACUGGGAUAUAUGUGCCCUCUGGGCUGGCAGAAAGCUGCUGGUAUUGUCCCCCUUGCCAACCACUGUCUGUCUGCCCCUAAAUUCACUGACUCUGGCCUUGGGCACAUGAGGGGUGGGAAGAUCCAAGGGUAUGCAGACCCUGCCCUAGUCUCAUACCCAAGCAGGAGUGUGCUUGGCUAGGAUCUAGCCAAGGAGGACCGGAUUCUUGACUCAGAUUUCUGGAGCCCCUUAGUGCUUUUUUUUUUUUUUUUUUUUUUUU